UUCUUGUACUGUGUACUUUUGAAUAACUUUGACAUGCAUUAAUUAUUGUAUAAUUUACAUACUUCCUUAAAUUAAUAGUUACCUAGGGAAAAUCGUUAACUGAUCGUAAAGUUGGACACAUGACCGUCUUUCUAUGGCAUGUUCUGCGCGGCUUUCGAGCUUUGCGAUAUCUGCGAUAUAGUUUUGUAAAAAUAAAAAGCAUGAAUUUGUUAUAGUAUCAAGGCAGUGUCAGUUUUUGUGAAAUUAAACAGUUUUUCACAAACUCUGUGCCUUUGAUUUAUUAUGAAAACAUCAAGCAUGUUUAAAAGAAGACUACAAGCCCUCGACUUCGUAGAAUGGGACAAAGUGGAUGUAUUCGAACGAUUGCAGUUUAGUAAAGUAGUACUGUGGCUCGAGGACCAAAAAAUACGUCGGUACACUAUAGAAGGCAGGAAGGAUCUACGAGAUUUAAACAAUGAAAGCUGGCCACAAACUUUUGCUAAAUAUUGCGAGGACGUUCAGUGUCCUGUUUUAAAUGGUCCAUUGGGCCAACUGGAAUGGCUGAUUGGGCAUGCAAUUUGGUUGGAAGCUGAAAACAAUGUGGAAGCAUACUCUCAAAAUGUGAAGGACAUGAAAUUGAAGAUGGAACAGGACGCUAAAUUACCUCAGCUAAAGUCCAAAAAUCCACUUGACAGUUUAGACUCUUAACCCCGGCGGUUAAAACGAAAUCUUGAAACGCGAGGUUCGAUACCGAUCAUGUCGAAACGCAGCAGCCAGUCGUCGAAGAAGGGACGCGCGAAAAUACGUAAGGUCGAGUACGACGAGGAGGACAUCUCGAGCGAACAUGAGUCGGACGUCGACGACGCCGCGGCCGAGACCGGCUCGAAUGCUGAUGCCGAGGACGCCGAAGACGAUCUCGCCGAUGUUAGCAACAUUCCGGAGUUACCACCGCCCGAGGGAGGAUGGGGUAAACCAGGAACGUUGCUGAUGUGCGGUCUGACGAAUUGGGACAUGGCUGGACGUAAGAAUCCACCGAAGGGUAUGAAAACCAACGUCGGCCGCAGCCUAUGGACUCCGCAUACUUUUAAAAACUUGAACGGGUCCCGAGUGAGAUUAGUCGCCUCCGGUCCAGCCGCCUCUCACAGUAUUAUCGUUACCGAGGAUAACAGGUGCCUAACAUUUGGUAGAAAUGAUAAAGGCCAGCUGGGCGUUGGCGACACAAACCGCCGGGACGAACCCACCGAGGUGGCAGCUUUAAAAGGACAUACGGUGAUAGGUGCAGCCUGCGGCCGCAAUCACACUCUGUUCUUAACAAGCCGCGGGAUAGUGUUCGCCGCGGGUGACAAUAAAUUAGGCCAGUGCGGCGUGGGUAAAUCCGAGACUUGCAUCAUGACUGCGACUAAAGUGAAAUACUCCGGCCCGCCUAUAGUCAAGGUGGGCUGCGGCGCGGAAUUCUCGAUGAUCCUGGACAUCAAGGGCGGUCUGCAUUCGUUCGGCAGCCCGGAGUACGGCGCGCUGGGCCACAACACCGACGGGAAGUACUUCAUCACCAGCACGAAAAUGGGUUUCCUCUUUGAGAAAGUGCCUAAGAGAAUCGUUCUCUACAUCGAGAGAAUGAAGGACGGCCACGUGACGCCGCUGGACCGUGUCGAGAUCACGGAUUUCAGCUGCGGUCAUUAUCACACGGUGGCGAUCGACAGUAAGAACCGCGCGUUCUCGUGGGGAUUCGGCGGCAUCGGCCGUCUCGGGCACAAUGAACAGCGGGAUGAGUUCGUCCCGCGUCUGAUCAAAUACUUGGAACCGCCUAAUCGCGGCGUUCGAGCCGUUCAUUGUGGGAGCACUUACAGCAUCGCUAUAAACGUCCACGGUUCGGCAAUGAUGUUCGGCCAGACGAAACGUACUGGCGAAGCGAACAUGUAUCCGAAACCGAUCCAGGAUUUGUCUGGUUGGGAGAUCCGGUGCGUCGGCUGUUCGCAAACGAGCGUCGUGGUCGCUGCGGACGACUCCGUCAUAGCUUGGGGAGCCAGCCCUACUUUUGGUGAGCUGGGUUUCGGCGAGAUGCGUAAAUCCUCGACAACGCCGAUGGAGGUGAAAGCACUAGAAGGUUUGUACAUAACUGCCGUUACCUGCGGUCUCUCCCACACGCUCAUGAUAUGCCGGGACGAGUCCGAUGACGAGAAAGCGAAAAUUAACAAACUUCAAGUAUAUUCUGUUUAAAUCCACUUUUUUUAUUUCAAUUAUUCGAGAUUCAGCUGCUCGAGGAGUUUGAAUUUCGAGGGAUGCAAUCAUCGUGGUAUUCUUGUUACUACGAAAAUAAUUGUAUUUUAUUUUGAUACCAGAAGCUCUAUAAUUGUGUUUAAUGAAUCGAUUUUCUUGAUCACAAGAGAAUUAUUUUCUGAUUUUUUUCUUUCUCCUUUGUACAGAAUCAUUAUUAUAGUAUUUGCAAGGUACUGCGGAUUUUCUAUUAUUUUUAAUUCGAAAUUUCAACUCUUCGAUUAGCGAAAAGAAAUUCCUGCAUUCAUCGCAAGCAUUAUUACACUUACAAAUUAUCGCCACUUGCAAGGAGAGUACAUUCAUCACAUUAUAUGUUUAAAUAAUAAGUUAGUUACAUAAACGAGCUCGAUGAAAAGGUUGAAAAACAAUGAUCUGUGAAACGUUUAUUAAAAAUAGACUGCGAGAAACGUCCAUAUUACGAAGUAUAUAGACUUAAAAAGAAAACUGUUAUAACUCUCUACAUAAAUACUUUGUACUUCCACGAUUUUACUUAAAAUAACAUAAGAAACGUAACGAGAGAAAAGUGAAAAAAGUACGCGUGUUUCAUCGUAAAAAGGAAGAACGGAAAAACAUAGGGAACCCCAAUUCUGUUGGUAGCUCAGGAUUAUAGACCAAACGAAUAGAUGCGAAAAAUAUAUUUUGAUACGUUGCUAUUUUAUUGAACUACUCACUCUCUAUCUUUAUCUCUAUCUCUCUUUCUCUCACUUUGUCUGUGACAUUAAACAACAAACGGGAAUAAUAAUAAUAAUAAUUAUAAUAAUUAUAAUAAUAAUAAUAAUAAUAAUAAUAAUAGUUGAUACGCGUAUGAGAAAGAGUGCUGGGUUACCAAGGAACAUUUUUGAAACGAGUACUGCCGUUCUUACAUUUUCGUCUUAAUUUAGAUUAUGUAUAUCCGUUCUAUCAUUGCAGUAGUACCUGAAUCAUUGAAACUGCCGAUUCAUGUUUUAUAUUCCUGAUAAUACACGGGUUGCAAGAUGAGAUAUGUACGUUUUAAUUUUAUUAACAGUCUUAGACAAUUUAAUUGUUAAAGACACAAGCUUUUAAAUACAAGAUCAUGUUCAUUGUACGUUCUGUUUGUGACUUUACGAAAUUUUGACCAAGUAUUCCAUGUACAAAUCACAUUUUGCAAUCUAACAAAUUCCGCGUAUAAUUUAUUUAAAUUUACUACGUAUACAUAACUACUUGUUUAAUUGAAAAUUUGACAAAACUCUCUGCUGAAGUUGUUAUCAUCUUGUAUACUUGUAAUCGUGUACAUAGAUCUGCUAUACAACAGAGACAUUUUACAGAAAGUGAGAAACCAAUUUUUAUACUCAGACGCUCGUGUUUUAUCUUUUAAAGAAUAUUUUACAUCUGAUUAGCCAGAUAAAUGGACAAUGCUUUUUCCAAGAACCAGCAUUGUUUGUCAUACAUUCUAAACUAACGCGACGAUUGUUUCACAAGAGCUAGGAAAGUUUCAGUGAGAAAGAAGGGAAUAAAAGCGAUAUACAUUUGUUAAUUAAUAAUAUAACUGUAUAGAGAUGGUCGGGAGCUAAAUGUGAUUCCGUAUACACUACCAUAUGCUAUUAAAGAAAGGAAUAACAGCUCAUGUAUACGCAUUAUAGUUAAGGCUAUCCACGUCUCAGUAGUGUAAAAUGUAAUCGAGAAAUUUGGAACUAGCUCUAUUUUAGAAACCACUGUCGACAAUUUAAACGCGACAUAAGGGAAUACUUCACUGCCGUGAACCGUUCAAACGACUGUAAUUGUAAAAACACUGCCACAGUUUUUUGCGAUGAGAUAAUACAGUGACUUAAGCGUUCGUUCAUUCCAUUCUGUUCCAAAAAUUGUUUGUUCUUAGCGAAUUUGAAACUCGUGUACAAGGCAGAUUUCGAAAUAAACGAAUUUUUUAAAUAA